AUGGAAGGAAAGAAAAUUUAUAAAUAUUUGCCUGAAAAUACUAAAAGAUGGCAUUUAUUCACUUUCUCUGCCUUCGUAAUUUCUUUAAUUAUUUUUGUGAUUUCUUUUGCAACUUUUAUUUUUCUUCAAACAAUGAUUGAAUUUAAUAUUAGACAGACAUCUAAUUUGGAUACAGGGACAAUAUUGCUCGACAAAUGGUCAAACCCUCAAUAUUUUUAUCGCUCAAAUAUGUACACAUUCUCAGUUAAAAACCCUGAUGAAGGUAGAGUUUUCUUUCAAAUAUUUUUUAUUUCUUUUAAAGUCACUAAAGGAUCAAUUCCAAAUGUAACAAAACUAGGCCCUUAUGUCUUUGAUCAAACACAAAAACGAAGAAUUCACUCAAGGGGGAAUGGAUCUGUUAUUUAUGAGACAUUUCAAUACUACAAAUUUAAUGAAGAAGCUUCCUGUAAAGAAUGUUCACUUUACAACAGAAUAUGGAUACCUAAUUUGGUUUAUCAAAAGUUUGUUGACGCAGCAUCUAAACCGGCUAUGAGGGUAAAAACUUAUAUAAUCGGGGGCUGA